GAGGAAAGAGAAAAUAAUUGCGUCCGCUACUCCGCUUUCCUCCUCAGACCGCGCGCUCCGGCAUUCGGCAAUUCCUUCCUUCCAAUCCCCAAUCCUUCCCCUCUCUUCUCCGCUCCGGCGAUGCAGGAGCCGCAGCGGAUUCACCGCGACGCCGGCGGCUAUCCCGCUGCCGCCGCCGAGACCGACCCCCUCCUCGCGCACCCGCCGCCGCCGCGCUCGCCGGCGGAGAUAGAGGACGAGGAGAUAGAGGACGAGGAGAUCGAGGCCGCCUCCGCCGCCUGCUGCCGCAUCUGCCUCGAGUCCGAGACCGAGCCCGGUGAUGAGCUGAUUUCUCCUUGUAUGUGCAAAGGGACGCAGCAGUUCGUGCAUCGCUACUGCCUUGAUCAUUGGAGGUCUGUUAAGGAAGGAACUGCCUUUUCUCACUGCACAACAUGUAAGGCACAAUUCCAUCUCCGUGUCGAAUGUCUGGAGGACAACCUGUGUCGCAAGAUGAUGUUUCGAUUGUUUGUUGCUAGGGAUGUUUUCCUUGUAUUCCUGGCUGUACAGACUGUCAUUGCUGCUAUCGGUGGUAUGGCUUAUCUGUUGGAUAAAGAUGGACAAUUUAGAAACAGUUUUUCUGAUGGUUGGGAACACAUCCUAUCAAAUCAUCCUGUGCCCUUUUACUACUGUGUCGGAGUAGUGGUGUUCUUUGUAAUGGUAGGAUUCAUUGGACUGAUAGUACAGUGUUCGUCUUUCAACACCAAUGAUCCAUGCCUGGCUGGAUGCCGCAAUUGUUGCUAUGGGUGGGGCAUACUGGAUUUUCCCGCUUCAAUAGAAGCUUGCCUUGCUCUGGCUGUGAUAUUUGUCAUUGUUUUUGCUAUACUUGGAGUUGCAUAUGGCUUCUUCGCUGCAACCGUAGCCGUCCAGAGGAUCUUGCAGAGACACUAUCACAUACUUACCAAAAGGGAGCUCACAAAGGAAUAUGUGGUGGAGGACCUUCGCGGGUGUUAUACACCACCAAAGAUGGAUCCAGAGCAAGAGCAGCGUCUGAGGACUUUGCAGCUCAUGUAGCUUCCACUUUCUGCGAAUAGGAUGCAACAAACCUCUUGAUGCGUGCCGAGGAUUGCCAUGCUACAUAGGAUCUGUUGAUACAAACAUUUUCCAGUAAUCAUAGUCGAGACUCGAGAACCCCAGAUUAGUAUAUACAAUUGCUGCAUGGUCGAAGAUAUGUUUAGGCACAUCAAUCCUCGAAGGAGGCGACCCUCGCUGCAGUAUCAAUAGGCAUACAAGCAAACCAUACGUUACCAUGGGAUAUGUUUAUAGAUGCGAGCAAGCCAUGCUUGGCAAAAGUUUAUGCGUGUACUUGUGCGGUUGCAGCAAUCUACAGCUGGACUGUACUUAUUAGUUGCAUCGUACAUGUAUGCUGAGUGAUAUUUUUGCUUGUGUUGAUGUGUUAAAGUAUUAAGUGAUUUUGCCCACAGAAUGGUGGCAUUCUAAUUCUCUAUAGACAUGGAUUGUGCAGUUGUUCCCUAA